CAGGCUGUCCCAGCUUAUCACACCGGGCCCGGCCACUUCCCGGCCGCGGCCAGGCUAGUUUCCCAAAGUUUCCUGUGACGCCGCUGUCCGCCUCCGGGCCAUCCCGCCCUGACUCCCACCCGACAGUCCUGGACACAGGCUGGAAGAGGAGAAGGCUACAGGGACGAAGAAGCGCCAAUAUACGGACCACAGGACGCCGCCCCAGCCCGGGAGCGAACUGCGAGGGCGGCGGCCGCACCCGCUGCCCGGCGCUCGCGCACGCCCACCGGGCUUGGAGUCCGAGACCCACCCUCCGCGGCCCUAGCCAAUCGGCCGCGCCCCGCCUCCUGGGAGGUGGUGGAGGAGGGGGUUGGGGGCCGGCAGGCAGCACCGCCUUCCGUUCCUGCCCAUUGGCUGAGGCCUCGAGGGUGCUCGGAGACCGGAGUGCAUCUGGAUUGGCCGUAGAGGCUUGUGACAGAGGCACCCAUUGGCUGUGGCGGCCCCCGUGACGCGGGGUGGUGACUGGCUCCCGUGUCUGAGGGGCUCCUGCUUGUCAGGUUCUAGCUCCUGUUUUCUGGCUAGACCUGUGAUCAUACCUGUGAGACUUCAUUGAAAAUUUUAUCAAGUGUCUUCCUCAUCCCUGGUGUAUAAUCCCUCAACAUGGACCUGUUGCUUUAGCUAAGAUAUGAUCAGCAAUGAAUAGUAGGAAGAUAUGUGCUGAUUAGAAGGCUUACUUGCGCAGUGUGGAGAAUAAGACAGUGCCUUACAAAAAUGGGGUUUGGGAGUGACCUGAAGAAUUCACAUGAAGCUGUGUUAAAAUUGCAAGACUGGGAAUUACGGUUGCUGGAAACAGUAAAGAAAUUUAUGGCCCUGAGGAUAAAAAGUGAUAAAGAAUAUGCAUCCACUUUACAAAACCUUUGUAAUCAAGUUGAUAAGGAAAGUACUAUCCAAAUGAAUUAUGUCAGCAAUGUAUCCAAGUCUUGGCUACUUAUGAUUCAGCACACGGAACAACUGAGUAGGAUAAUGAAGACACAUGCAGAGGACCUAAAUUCUGGGCCCUUACACAGGCUCACCAUGAUGAUCAAAGACAAGCAGCAGGUGAAGAAAAGUUAUAUAAGUGUUCAUCAGCAGAUAGAGGCAGAGAUGAUUAAGGUUACAAAGACAGAAUUAGAGAAAUUAAAGUCCAGCUAUAGACAAUUAAUAAAAGAAAUGAAUUCUGCCAAAGAGAAAUAUAAAGAAGCUUUAGCUAAAGGGAAAGAAACUGAAAAGGCCAAGGAACGUUACGACAAAGCCACAAUGAAACUUCAUAUGUUGCAUAAUCAAUAUGUAUUGGCAUUGAAAGGGGCACAGCUUCAUCAGAGUCAGUAUUAUGACACCACACUUCCUCUGCUUCUGGACUCCCUACAGAAGAUGCAGGAAGAAAUGAUAAAAGCACUAAAAGGCAUAUUUGAUGAAUACAGCCAGAUAACUAGUCUUGUUACUGAGGAAAUAGUAAAUGUCCAUAAAGAGAUUCAAAUGUCGGUUGAGCAGAUAGACCCUAGCACAGAAUACAAUAAUUUUAUAGAUGUUCACAGAACUUCAGCUGCUAAAGAGCAAGAAAUUGAGUUUGAUACUUCCUUACUAGAAGAAAAUGAAAAUCUUCAGGCAAAUGAGAUUAUGUGGAAUAAUUUAACAGCAGAAAGUUUACAAGUAAUGUUGAAAACUUUAGCAGAGGAACUUAUGCAGACACAGCAAAUGCUUUUGAACAAGGAGGAAGCUGUCCUGGAGCUAGAGAAAAGAAUUGAAGAAUCUUCUAAAACCUGUGAAAAGAAGUCUGAUAUUGUGCUUCUGAUAAGCCAAAAACAGACACUUGAAGAGCUGAAACAGUCAGUGCAGCAGCUGAGGUGCACCGAGCAAAAGUUUACAACACAGAAAGAAUUACUAGAGCAAAAAGUGCAAGAAAAUGAUGGAAAAGAGCCACCUCCAGUAAUAAAUUAUGAAGAAGAUGCACGAUCAGUUACAUCUAUGGAAAGGAAGGAGAGGAUAUCCAAAUUUGAGUCUAUUCGUCAUUCAAUUGCUGGAAUGAUUAGGUCUCCGAAAUCUGCAUUGGGCUCUUCAACAUUCUGUGAUACGAUCUGCAUAAGUGAGAAGCCCCUGGCGGAACAAGAAUGGUACCAUGGUGCGAUUCCCAGAAUAGAAGCACAGGAUCUGUUAAAACAACAAGGGGACUUCUUGGUGCGAGAGAGCCAUGGGAAACCUGGUGAAUAUGUCCUUUCUGUAUAUUCUGAUGGACAGAGGAGACACUUUAUCAUACAAUAUGUUGAUAGUUUGUAUCGAUUUGAAGGCACUGGUUUUGCAAACAUUCCUCAACUUAUAGAUCAUCACUAUACAACAAAACAGGUCAUCACUAAGAAAUCAGGUGUAGUGCUGCUGAAUCCUAUUCCUAAGGAUAAGAAGUGGGUCCUCAAUCAUGAAGAUGUCACAUUGGGAGAAUUACUGGGCAAGGGAAAUUUUGGUGAAGUAUUUAAGGGCGUAUUAAAGGAUAAAACUGCUGUUGCUGUUAAAACAUGUAAAGAAGAUCUUCCUCAGGAACUGAAAAUAAAAUUUUUACAAGAAGCCAAAAUUCUCAAGCAAUACGAUCAUCCCAACAUUGUCAAGCUUAUCGGAGUCUGCACGCAAAGACAGCCCAUCUAUAUCAUUAUGGAAUUGAUUCCAGGAGGUGAUUUCCUUUCCUAUCUAAGAAGAAAGAAAGAUGAAAUAAAAACCAAACAACUGGUGAAAUUUGCAUUAGAUGCUGCCUCCGGUAUGUCAUAUCUUGAGAGUAAAAACUGUAUACACAGGGAUCUUGCUGCAAGAAACUGCCUGGUAGGUGAAAAUAAUGUUCUGAAAAUCAGUGACUUCGGAAUGUCUCGUCAAGAGGACGGUGGAGUGUAUUCAUCUUCUGGCUUAAAGCAGAUUCCCAUUAAAUGGACAGCACCAGAAGCUCUUAACUAUGGGAGGUACAGCUCGGAGAGUGACGUGUGGAGCUUCGGCAUCCUCCUGUGGGAGACCUUCAGUCUCGGCGUCUGCCCAUACCCUGGAAUGACAAACCAGCAAGCACGUGAGCAGGUGGAAAGAGGAUACCGGAUGUCAGCCCCUCAGCACUGUCCAGAGGAUAUCUUUAAAAUUAUGAUGAGGUGUUGGGAUUAUAAACCUGAAAACCGCCCCAAAUUUAAUGACCUUCAGAAAGAGCUCACUGCCGUCAAGAAGAAGAUCACAUAGUGAUAGGACGGUGCCACACAUUCGGGACUCGCUCCUCCAGCAGAAUAAUAAUGUUCUUCACGUUAACAAUAAGUUUAUACCACCUUACCUACAACGGUCUGAUAAAGUUAUUUUUUUUUAUUAACUUUUUAAAAAAUACAUGCCACUUUUUAAAAAAAGGCAAAUGCAUUCAAGAAACACAGUCCUACCAAGGGCUUUAUUAGCUCACCACAGCAAUCCUGCCAUUUCAGGCCACUGUAAACAGAAAAAGCACAGGCUCUAACGUGAGGGAGGACAGAUCUCUUUCCCACCACGACCGUGAUGCUUCUCAAGCUCUCCUGCGUCAGCAGCGCCGUCCCAGCUGCUGUCCUGUGCCUCCCCUGACUCCCGAGGUGCUGUGGCUGCCUGGGCAAUGCCGUGUUUGCAGGACACCUUCCAGCCAAAACCGGCUCUCCACUCUGCCAAGGCAAGUUUAUAUUUGUAAACCUCGUUGAUAUUGGGAAUUACUUGGCCCUACUAGGGUUUUUCUUUAUUGCCAGAAAUAAGUGCAGUGUAACAAACAUAACCCUCCUGUAUUAUUAGCGAGGCGGUCAUUUCCCUCCUCUGUUUGGGCAUCAGAAGCCCAUACAUGAGAUGCCUCAGAAGUCAGGGGGGCACUGAAGAAAAGGACAUCAGAAAAGAGAAGGGAAGGAAAACACAAAAUGUCUUCGUAUCCAAGUUCUGCCUUUACAAACACACACACACACCCUUUUGACUUUAUGGUUUGGAUUCACAGAGCAGGUUCUAAGACUUGUUAUUCAGGAGUUCAUAGAAAAGGCUUUCUUAAUGGCAACACACAUUUUUUUAGAGAAACUGCAAUGCCCACGUCCACAGAACCAGCGGCAGACCUUUGGUGAACCACCUUCACCGCAGAGGGGCCGCCCCAGGGUUAACGCCCUUCACUGGCACCAGUCUCCUGAGCUGUCAGAAUUCCACCAUCCUAGUUCAGAAACACGGGCACGUGUCACGUACACACACUACCGAGAAGCAAGGCAGGUGGGAGCGGAGUAAAUGGUUAAGACGACAAAUGGGCACCGUGAGGAAAAAGCUGUAGGACAGCUCCCCUGUUUCCACCUUCCCCCUAGUUACCCUUCCGCUUCUACCCCGACAUUCUCAUCCUCGGCCGACAGGUGUGCAAGCACCGUCGUGGAGACGCUCUGUGUGAAUACACAACAGUCAGCUCUAGGACUCUGUGGAGCUUACCACAUGUUCUGUACAUAGUUGCCUCUCAGGAUAAAUGUGUGUGGAAGAGGUGGUCACUCUCAGGGGCAGAUGUGCCGUGGGAGCUUGUAAUAAGUGCUCAGGUGUGUGUCCAGAUAAAUAGCACCUUAGUGAUUAUUUGGUCUUUGUUUAUCAGAAGAGCUUAUGGGAUAGAAAAUGCCUCCUGCCCAAUCCAACUAUUUGCCACCUGUGAAUAUCACUGCACAGAACUCACACUCAGUUCUUUGAAAAGUAGAAGGGAUAACACUGAACAGGAACAUGACUUGUGUCUAUCAUUUCAAUCUCCUUGAAGGUUUUGUAUGCAUUUCAUGAUUACUACACUCAGACUAAAGUGAAAGCAUAAUAAACUUGCCCUCAAAAUAUAUUGCAAUAUUCAAAGCACAUUUUUUAAGCAGCACUGUUUUCACUUCUGUCAAAUAUUGUAAAUAAAUGGAACUCUCUUUUGGUGGCACACACUGUGGUGAAUCAGAGCACAGGCUCAUGGAUGGAAAUUAAGUGCUGUGGUCUUCAGGCCCUUUCCAGCCUUCGAAUGUAAGGAUAGGAUGGGGACAUUUCCACUUUGUCAGUAUUUCUAGGUGAACCUUUCUAUAAUAGCCUUUGUUUAUGGAAAGCAGCCUCCCAUCACUUAGCAGCCUCAAUGCUAAGCUCUCAGCAAGGAGAGAAAAUGACGGCUUUGGCUUUAAUUUCGUAAACAAGACCUGAGGCUUAAUCUUCGCAUUCUGGUUUAAAGAAGGAACGUAGCAUUGAUAGUUCACUCAUCCCAGCUGUUAGAAUUUACAAUUCACAUCAUAACUCUGUGCUUAAAUUAAAGACACUUUUCAAAACAUCAUGACAUCUGCAGCGUUUAAAUUCUAUUUUAUUCUUUGUCCCAAAGCAGGCAGUGGUAUAGUUGAGGAUUAGUAACUCACUGAGAGUCUUUCAGGAGCAUAUCAAUUGUAUAGAAUAUUAAAUUUAAUAUAGGCAUAUGCAUCCAGAAGAACUUAUGCAAACCAUUUUUACUGCUAAUUUUCUUGCACUUAAAGCAUAAUUUAUUCAUCCUUUCUGUCACUGAUAAUUGUUGGAAUUAUGUACUUUAGGAAGCUAAUCCAUACCCAAAAAGCACACAAAUACUCUUCUGAAUUUGCAAGUUGAUGUAGGAAAAGAAGGCUUCAAAUUUGCACAAAAUUCUAACUUGUUUAGUAAGAAAACAGUUGUAACCAAAAUUGCCACUGGUCUGAAUGUAAUUAGUCCAGGUCACAAAUCUGUGUUGUUAAUGGAUUUUUUAACAGUUACAUUUAUCACUCCCAUACAGUUCCUGUCACAACCCCUUAAAUUAUGAAUGCGGGAGGCACCCAGGCGGCCUGAAUCUCUGCACCUUUCUCUAUCUUGAAUCACUAAAGAAGCUUCAUGAAAAAUAUUUAGCUAGUAUCAUUUUUCCAAAAAAGAAAUCUUAAUUUUGCAUUUGAGUAAUCUGCAUUUACUCAAAGCCAAUGCAUCCUUUCUCUUCCAAGAAAAUAAUAAAGGAUUAACAAGUUUUAUCUCAACUUUGAAAACCGCAGGUUUUAUCUCAGCCCACCCUGCCACUAGGUCCCCAGUGGAAGGCCUCAUAUAAUCAUUUCUCGAUUCUCUGCCAAAUUUAAUGUAAGCAAUAAAGCUUUUCAUUCAUAAUUUACCACCUUAUCACAAAUACAUUAUUUAAACAUCUUAUAAGCAGAUGAGCAUAAACCAUGAGCCAAAUCAUAUUAGCUAUUGUUCAGUGCACAUUUUGCAAUGUUUUUUUCAGUUGAGGGUUAUUUUAAAAACAAAAAAAUGUUUAGUUACUGAAAUAGAUUUAAUUUUCUUUAAAUCACAAUAUGGUCUUCUUGUCUAUAUUAUACUCAUGUUUCAGUAUCACCAUAUAGUUUGGCUAAUACCACUAAGAUAACCAUGGCUUCACCACACUGGUGUGAGAUUAUGUCAGGAAGAAAGUGUUCUGAUUAUACGUCACACGCCGAGGACCUGGUAGCGGGAUAAACAUAAAACCCAGAGUGCAGCACCACCUCCAGGCGGUGUGUUCCUGUCACUUGGACUUCUCUCUGUCCCUCCACUUCGCAAUUCAUUUUUGUGAAGUCAGAUCAAUGGAAAUUUUCGGAAAAGAGGUUUCAGCCUCUCUUUUCCCCACAUACUCUCUUGAUCACACCGUUGGUAUUUAAAAUGUUUUUAUCAACAAAAUUGAUUGUCCAUAAGCACUGUUCUGGGUCAUGUAAAGACUGGCUUUUGUAUUUAGGAGGUCAGAGCUCUCACACAAAACAGAGAAUAUUGCAAAAUAGAGCAACAAUGAGGCAGACAAUUGAAAGACACUUUUAUGUACUAAUAUGUUCAUUAAAUAGAAAGAUUUUAUAUGAAAAUGAGUUUAUAUUACUUUUCUAUUAUAUUGUUAAGUUAGCAUGAAAGUUUACCAUUAAAAUAGUGGUACCUCUUUUACUACUUUGAUUUGCUUAUACAUACCAGAAACUUUAUUUUAUUUAUUUUUCUGUUUUGAUGAGUUUCAUAUCAAAUCUGAAUAUUAUAUUAGUUGGAAGAAUCCAGAAUUGUAUAUUCAUUUUUGCAAAAGAAAAUACUCAUGUACCAAGAUUACCUACUUGAAAGAGAUAUUGGUACAGUCUUACAGUCCCAUGAAGUUCUCCUUUUAAAAAUAAUGCUAUGAUAUAAAAGAUAUAAACUAUAUAUCUUAGUCAUAAUUCAAUUUAAGAAAAUAUUUAUUACCCAUUGAAAACCAUCCUACUGCCUCAUGCUAAUUCAAAGAUUAAAUUCUGAAUUGUUAAGUGUAGACCCUAAGACUCACUUAGCUGCCUAAUAAGGACCCAGAUUCUUGGGUGGUAGAAAAAUCUGCUGUUCUGAAUUCCCAGUCACUUUAAACUGCAGAGAUGUAAUGAGCACAGGCUUCUGUAUAUCUGUUAAUAAGGAACUGAGGCAAGCAUGUGCAAAGGCAAAGAGAAGGAACCAGUUAUUCUAAGACAGGAUGAUUCAGCCACUGUGGAGAGUGUGGAAUAAAGAGGUACAAAGACUUGGAUAGUGUCACUAAGAAAGCUUAAGGAAAUCAGUGCCACCAAGCCAGAUCCUUUCCAAUAGAAAAUUAAAAAGAUAAUGAAGCCAAAAGAAACCAUAGAGGUCACCUGCCAGCAUGUGAGCAAAGCAAACACCUGUCCCCCUUGCAUCUGGAGCAGCUCACAUCCCUAGCUCAGAGAUGGUGCUGCGCUGAGCAACAUUUAUACUCAUUGUCCUAACAACGAAACGAUUGGGUCAUGUGUCUUCGACAUUUUAGAGAAUAUUCAAAGUCUGUUUUCAUUUGCAUUAGCUAUACUUAAUUUAUCUUAAACUAUAAUCACUGCUUACUCAUACCUUAUUGGAAAUCUUUGGUUGCAAUAGGACUUAACCUAGGCUAGUCUCCUAAAAGAAAGCAUGCUUAUUUCAGUCCUACAUCACCUUUGGACUAAUGUUAACUAACUGGCUCUAUUUUGCCAUGCAUAAUGUGCCCUUUUUGCCCACAUUUUUGAGGGAAAAAUAAGGAUGCACAUUAUACAUGGAUAAUACUAAUUCCAUAUCUAUAUAAAUGUUUUUAAUUCUAUUUCUGGUUAUGUAUUAAGUGUAACUCUAGAAAGCAAUAACGAGAUCUGUAUGUUUAAAACUAAAUGCUAAAAUUCCUCUAUAAUACAAAAAACAAGAACCUAAAUAUAAAAAAAUAAGGAAUUGAAUUAAAAAUUAAAAUGAGAGACUUUUUUCCCUGAAAGUUUGGGCCAAAAACCUGGGUGCGCAUUAUACGUGGCAAAACACGGUACCCUCAGAAGGCCCUUAACUGUGACGACCUCUGGGACAACACGGAAUUAAGCAGGGAAGAAAGAAAAUACCAAUUCAAUUGCAAAGAGCCAUGACUUUAUCCUGGUAACACAGGAGGGAAAGGAAUUUCAGAAACAUCCUAGGCCAGUCCUAGUGCAGCACCACUGAUGAUAGACAUGGGCACAGAGAAUGAGACAUCCAAACAGGGAGAUGAAGGGCAAUGACAAAGUACCAACCCAAAGUGACUCAAAGGCUAGCCUCCCAGCAAAUAAAUGCAGUGUUACUAAGGGAAAGUUAAUCCUCAGAAGAAGGUUUUUGAGGCACUUCCUGCUGCAUGUUAUUUAAUGUUACAUGCCUCUCAAGUCUCUACAACAUUUCUUAAAGAGCACUGAAUUGGAUAUUGAUUUGAUUUUCUUUAUGAUCCCCAUAAUCUCAGGAGGUAGCUGCUGUUGAAUAAGAAUUGCCCUCACUCGGUUUUCCGGUAAGGCUGCGGACACGGCGGAGGUUCGGCCCACUUCCUAAGGGGAGGCUGAGUGACAGCAAACACGUGCCUGGGGUAGCCAGCGCUGGAGGAGCUGUGAAAGCUCCUACUUUUUAUUUUAUUCAAGAAAAAAUGUCUUGCAGGGAAGACAUUCGUGUCUGUGCUUGCAACACGAAGGCGCGCUUAGCUUCCCUCCUUGCCAGCAAACUAGCAGGAGCCCCAACACAAGAAUAUUUAGGACUCACUCUAAAAAGAUUCAAACCUAGAAUUUCUAAACUACCUUUCCAAACAUUACCAUGAGGCCAGCAGGUGUGAGUGUUGUACAAAGUAAUAGAAUACUCUUAGUGAUAGUGACGGCCCCGGUAGCAGAAUUUUGUAAAUUUUUUUCCUCAGCUUUAUCCAUUCACAAGCAUUUCUUAAACUUCUGCCAUGUCUGGUGCAAGGAACCAUGCUGGCUGCUAGUUUUUUUUUUACUUCUGAUUAGUGUUUCCUCAUCUCACACACACUUUUCUUAAUCCUUACUUUACCCAAACAGGAAACUCUUUUAUGGUCAGCUUUCAUCAGACAGCAUCAUCAUUGGCUUAGACCGAAGAGUUUCUCCGCAGGUGCUUAGGAGGCCCCUGCCCUAGAGGGAACUAAGUCCAGGCAUCCCUUCACCAGGCCAACUGUGCACCCACUACGUGAGAGGCCCCAGGACAGGUGCAGCUUACAACACAAAGAAAGCCUAGUUGCAGCCCUUCUUGUGGAGACAGAGUCAGGUGGCAGAUGUGUAUGACGAGUGACACUAUCCAUGUAGGAGGGAGAUCUUCCCAGGACAAGAUCUCCGUGAGCCGGUGUGUUCCCGGAAGUGCCCCCUUACUGACUUGGCUGAGUGAGCUCACUAGGUGACCCACCUCCGAAAAAAUGUUAAGACACUAACAGCGAGUUCUGUAUCUUAAACCCCUCGACAUAUUCAGUUUUUCCAUUCCACUUCUAUGCCAUUAUUUUUUGUUACUUCUUUCACACUCCUAUCAGUAAAUAUCUAAAAGUAGUAUCUCAAUUGUGCCAUGUUCAUGAGUUUUCCCAUAGCUUCAGAAAAGAGAGUAGCAAAUAUGAAGCCUUAAAUUCAAAAUAAGCCAGUCAACCUAGAUAAACAGACCCAAAGCACUAUUGUAUUGACAUUAGCUCUGCUCUACCAGUUCCCCAAAGCAGUGACUACCCUUCCUAAAAAGGGUGUGAUCCUACAAACAUCACACCCUGCUUCUAUUUGCCAAGGACACCUUUAAUAUCAGAAUAAGCACAUUCUAGAUUAGAUCCACAGCAGAUGCUAAAAUGACCUGCUAAGACACCAGAUAGCGACCACCAAAGCAGACAGCAGGAACGCACUCCUGUGCGCUCGGUGCCAACACCAACGUGAAACUCACACCCGUGCAAUGUGUCUGAUCACGCGAGAUCGUACCUUAUUUUGAAAGCAUAGGAAAGAUGUCAGCGGGAAAUAUCAACAGUCUGAGUAACACAGGGUAAGUGGAAGGUGGCCAUAAAAUGACACCCCAAUUCCCGCAUUGGAGCAGCAAAACCCUGACAACAAUAAAUUAGGUUGUGUACGACUCCAAACCCUCAUUAUUAAUAUUUUUUUUCAUGUAGCUCUUGUCAGAUUAUACAACCUUGGGGUCUUCCUUUGAGUUACACAAACAAUCUUUAUGAAACGAUAAAUUAAAUCCUCUUCCCGCAGUGGGUGCUUACAUGCCUAACCGCCCCGCAUUCAGCCCCUUUGGGGCUGAGAGGGAGUCCAAAGUGUUACUGAUUUCCCAGGCACAGGGACCAUCCUGGCAGCCUUUGCCAGCUCAACCAGCAAGUUCGGUAGUUCUCAAACAUGGAUGAGGGAAAGAAAAAUGCCCUACUAUGUAGAAGUUUUUGUCCACAAAUAAUUUGACUUGGUAGAAAUAAACGUGCCUGCCUGCUCUUGAGAAACGCCAGACUGCCGUGGGCAAAUGCAGGGGGCGUGGCGCCCAGAGCCUUGCUCGCUUUGGAUGCUUCUCCUCACCCAGGUGCAGCAGUUCCUACUGCAGGGUGGCGCGGAGGCCUGUCGCCUGCUGUCUGAACUGCGUUGCUUCAGUUGCAAGCAGAAGGCCAGUUCCAGCAGAAGUGAACCUAUCUGCCAUAAUUAUUCCUCCCACUGGCCAUGUACAGAAAAUAUACAGUUAAAUGGAAUUCACUGUUUUUGGAUUUAUGUCAAACAGAUUGGUUCUACAAAGUUCGCCAGAUUCCGCAUCACAAGUACAUUUAUAAUCCUAUGAUUCUAAAUCAAACCCCAGGUAUAGUUUCUGCACAUCAGAUCAAAGAUAAAGAGGAAUUGGUAGACAGGUCUUGGUUGUUCCAAAUUCAUGACCAAAGUGGUCAAAGGCAUAAAACUCCCUUUCACCGGCUGAGCAUCUCCCCUCACUGUGUGGGAUGCCGCUUACCCAACGCCAUGCCCGACAGACUCAGACGCGCACCAUGGACUGAAGCAGGAGCCCCGACCAUCCACAGGCUACUUCUGUCCAUCAUUUUCCCUCAUAAAGCAUUGAGAUUUCUCACUGAAACAACUUUAUGAAUCAAACAUCUAGAAAUCUUAUGUUUUUGUUUAAAUCAGAUGGCCUAACUAAGCAACAUGAGUGUAAUGGGGUCGGUAGUGGGUGAAUUCUGCUGACUUCCAUCUUCUGGUUUUCUUUGUUUUUUCCUUGGUCUGGUCUGACGAGUGCCCUAAAAGACUGGAGCUCGCUGAACUCAUAGCCCUGUAACCACAUAGGGUUAGGCAAAGCCAGGUAGAUGCAGGAGAACCAAAUAAAGCCACCCGAGUCCCAAGAGCAGCACUGACUUCUGCAGGAACCCAAAUAAGCUGAAAGCAAAGAUAAAAUGUACAGAUGAUGCCCCGGCCGUUUACAAGGCAGUCCACUGGCCUAGUCACUUUCCAUUUGCUUCCUCUGCCCUUCGUUAGACUCAGAGUUUGGGGUGAUGGGGUGGGUACACACGUUCUGUCUGCAAGCAUCAUUUUGGGCAAAGCGCUCCAGUGGUUUACACAAUUUCCUUUUAGUGCCAAGUUGUCAGGUUAAAGCACCUUUAGUCAUUUUUGUUACUGUUUUAAAAUAAUAUAUUUGUGAAGUGGAUAAAAGAAACACUGGAAAUCGGGUGCUUAUUAAAAGUUCAAGUAUAAAACAUACAAACAAGGCCUUUGGUGAGUUUAUCUGGCUUUGUAAGCAAGUCUCAAAAUGAGUGAGAGCUAAAUAUAUAAAGUAGUUGUCUGCCUUUUACCAUUUUUAACUCAGAUCUGUAUUUAACACUUAUUUAUUUGUUAGUUUUUACAUUCAAAAGAAAAACAUUUUGAACUUUGGCUAACAUUGUAGGAUGUUUUAAAAUUGUUUUCUACUUUUUUAAAACAUGAUAUCAUCAUUUUUGUAAACUUUGAUCGUUUUUUGAGUAUCCUCUUUUUCUUUUCCAAUGGACCAAUUACCACUUACAGUUCUGCAGAAACUUUUUUAUUGUAUUCUUAU